AGAUCUCUCGUGCUCUCAUAGAGGUUGGUUGGUUUUCGCCUCCACCUCUCUUUGUUUCUUUCUCCUCCGCUCUAGGGUUAGGGUUUCCGUUCCCCUCCACCUUCUCCGAUGGCAGCCGCUGACGUCGAGUUCCGCUGCUUUGUUGGUGGCCUCGCUUGGGCCACGGACGACCGCUCCCUCGAGGAAGCGUUCAAACCCUACGGCGAGAUCUUAGAGUCUAAGAUCAUCAACGAUCGGGAGACGGGGAGGUCGAGGGGGUUCGGGUUCGUCACCUUCGCGAACGAGCAGGCGAUGAGGGAUGCCAUCGAGGGGAUGAACGGGAAAAACCUCGACGGGAGGAGCAUCACCGUCAACGAGGCCCAGUCCCGCGGUAGCGGCGGCGGCGGCGGCGGCGGCGGAGGUUACAACCGCAGCGGAGGCGGCGGCCGCGAUCGUGGCUACGGAGGAGGAGGAGGCUACGACGGUGGAUCGCGCUACUCCCGUGGGGGCGGGGCUUCGGAUGGGAGUUGGAGGAGUUGAAGCUAGAGAGACAGAGUACCGUAGUUGUUUCCUUUCUAUGCUUCACUAGUUUGCGGAUCUUUAUGGUUUUAGGGUUUCCUUUUUGACCGCGUGCGUUAUGUUGUGUUCUUGGAUCUCUCAGCUUUGUUUUUGUCUGGUUUGAUGUUGUUUCCGAUGGGGUAUGGAAGUGGAUCUAGCGAACAAAUGGAAAUAGCAAUAGUUUGUGUUAAUUUGUUGACCGUUCACUGUGAUGUGCUUGGAGCGUAGCUGAUGCAGCUACGAACUUUUUGGUUUUAAAAAAAUCGUACAAAUAAUUUGUU